AUCCCGCAGAGCAAUGAGCCGGCUAUAGUGAGUCUCCAGUUUUGGGGCUCUUGCCUUGAAGGCGUUCCUAGUCCCCGCCUUCACAUCAGAUUUCGGGGGUCUCCUGAUGUUGAAGGAUGGGCUGGAUUGAUGUGGAACUUUGUUCCAGCAGAGCCCAUCCAUUGAUGAUGCAGAGAUUACUCAGAGUUCAUCCCCACAGUAUAAGCUUGCCUGAGAAAGAAGACCAGAAGAAGAGGGGGGAAAAGGAGGAAUGGCUCUUUUCCAGGGACAGUUGACCUUCAGGGAUGUGGCUGUAGAGUUCUCUCAGGAGGAGUGGGAGUGCCUGGGCCCUGCUCAGAGGGCCUUGUACAGGGACGUGAUGCUGGAGACCUGCAGGAACCUCGUCUCCCUGGGUGAGGAAACCGUCCCUCCAGAAGUCGGGAGUCCUACUGGAUUUGGGAUCAAAGAAUUAUCACCAACAGAGGACAUUAAUAAAGGAGAAUUUUACCACGUAGUGAUAUUGGAGAGAAAUGAAAGCCAUGGCAUCAAGGAUUUUGAUCUCAAGGAAGUCUGGGAAGAUAUGCACGAGUUUGAGAGUCAGUGGGAGUAUGAUGCAAGAAAUGACAAAAAAGUGCCUUUGACCCAUAACAAAAAUCUCACUUGUAGAAAAGAUCAUAAACUGAAUCAUUCCUCACUUAAUCUUCCUCAAAAGCAGUGUGUUUCUGUAAGAAAUAAUACAUACCACUAUUUCAUGGAUGAUGAACCAUUUAUAAGGAAUUUGGUAAAACUGGACAAUAACAGAAGUGGUGCCAGAAACCAAUCCAUAAACCGCUUGGAAAAUACAAUUGGAUUAAGUUUGCAGGCACACCUGGGUGAACUGCAGAGAUUUCACAGUGAGGAGAAAACGUUUGCAUGUAAUCCAGUUGAGAAGAGUGUCAGCAAUGGUUCCUCAGUCUCACUACUUGAAAGAACUCCUCCCAGGACCCAAACCAUUUGGAAUAAAUCUAGAAAGAUUUUUAAAUCUCAUUUGUUACCUGCACAAGACAGGAAAGCACACCCUAGAGGAAAAUCUUACAAAUGUAAUGACUGUGGCAAAGUCUUUACAGAGCGCUCACAUCUUACUCGGCAUAAGAAAAUCCAUACUGGAGAGAAACCUUAUAAAUGUGAUGAGUGUGGCAAAGCCUUUAACCAGUGUUCGAACCUCACGAGGCAUCAGAGAGUCCAUACAGGAGAGAAGCCAUAUAAAUGUAACAUAUGUGGUAAGGUCUGUAGUCAAAAUUCAAACCUUGUAAGUCAUCAGAGAAUGCAUACUGGAGAGAAACCUUACAAAUGUAAUGAAUGUGGUAAGUCUUUUAACCAACAUUCACACCUUUGGUGUCAUGAGAGAAUUCAUACUGGUGAGAAACCUUACAAAUGUAAUGAAUGCAGCAAAGCCUUUGCUGGGCGUUCAAGCCUUACUCAACAUAGAAAAAUCCAUACUGGAGAGAAACCAUACAAAUGUAAGGAGUGUGGGAAAGCUUUUAAGCAGUACUCACACCUCAUUAGACAUCAGAAUACACAUCCUGGAGAGAAGCCACACAAGUGUGAUGUAUGUGGCAAGGCUUUUAUACAAAGCUCUAGCCUUGUAGAACAUCAGAGGAUUCAUACAGGAUAAAAACCAUAUAAAUGUAAUAAAUGUGGUAAAGCUUUUAUCAGACGUUCACACCUCUGGGGACCUGAGAGAACUCAUACUGGAGAGAAACCUUACAAAAGUAGUGAGUGUGGCAAAGCCUUUGCUGAGCGCUCAAAUCUUACUCAACACAGAAAAAUCCAUACUGGAGAGAAACCUUAUAAAUGUAAUGAGUGUGCCAAAGCAUUUACCCUAUUUGCAAACCUUACUGGGCAUCAGAAAAUACACACUGGAGAGAAACCACACAAAUGUAAUGUGUGUGACAAGGCUUUUAUCCAAAGUUCAAGCCUUAUGGAACAUCAGAGAAUUCAUACAGGAGAAAAACCUUAUAAAUGUAUUGAAUGUGAUAAGGCUUUUUCAAACAGUUCACACAUAUGGGGUCAUCAGAGAACUCAUACUGGAGAGAAACCGUACAAAUAUAUUGAGUGUGGUAAAGCCUUUACAGAGUGUUCACAUCUUACUCAACAUAAGAAAAUCCAUUCUGGAGAGAAAGCUUUUAAGUGUAAUGAGUGUGACAAAGCUUUUACCCAAUUUGCCAAACUUAUUAGGCAUCAGAAAAUACAUAGUGGAAAGGAGAAAGGAAAAUCUUACAAAUGUAGUGACUGUGGGAAGGCUUUUAGCAAAAGCUCAAACCUCAUGAGUCAUGAGAGAAUUCAUUAUGGACAGAGACCUCACAAAUGUAAUGACUGUGGCAAAGCCUUUACAGACCGUUCAAAUCUUACUCGACAUAAGAAAAUCCAUACUGGAGAGAAACCUUAUAAAUGUAAUGAGUGCGGCAAAGCGUUUACCCAAUGUGCAAACCUUACUAGGCAUCAGAUAAUACACACUGGAGAGAAACCACACAAAUGUAAUGUGUGUGACAAGGCUUUCAACCAAAGUUCAAGCCUUAUGGCACAUCGGAGGAUUCAUACAGGAGAAAAACCUUAUAAAUGUAAUAAAUGUGAUAAGGCUUUUAUCAAACGUUCAGACCUUUGGGGUCAUGAGAGAACUCAUACUGGAGAGAAACCUUACAAAUGCAGUGAGUGUGGCAAAGCCUUUGCUGAGCGCUCAAAUCUUACUCAACACAGAAAAAUCCAUACUGGAGAGAAACCUUACACGUGUAAUGAGUGUGGCAAAGCUUUUACGCAGUUUGCAUCCAUUACGAGGCAUCAGAAAAUACACACAGGAGAGAAACCACACAAAUGUAACGUGUGUGAGAAGGAUUUUAUCCAAAGUUCAAAUCUUAUGGCACAUCAGAGAAUUCAUACGGGAGAAAAACCUUAUAAAUGUAAUAAAUGUGAUAAGGCUUUUAUCAAACGUUCAGACCUUUGGGGUCAUGAGAGAACUCAUACCGGAGAGAAACCAUACAAAUGUAAUGAGUGUGACAAAGCAUUUACCCAUUUUGCAACCCUUCAUACACAUCAGAAAAUACACACUGGAGAUAAACCACACAAAUGUAACGUGUGUGACAAGGAUUUUAUCCGAAGUUCAAGCCUUAUGAGACAUCGAAGAACUCAUACAGGAGAAAAACCUUAUAAAUGUAAUAAAUGUGAUAAGGCUUUUAUCAAACACACAGACCUUUGGGGUCAUGAGAGAACGCAUACUGGAGAGAAACAAACGUAAUGAGUGUGGCAAAGCCUUUAAUGACGUAUUCGCAUCUUACUCACAUAAAAUCCAUACUAGAGAGUGUGGCACACCUUUUACCCAAUUUGCCAAACUUAUUAGACUUCAUACAAUACACAGUGAAAAGAAAGAGUAUAAGCCUAGUAUGUGUGGCAAUGCUUUUAUUCAAAGCUCAGCUUUUGGGGAUCAUCAAAGAACGCAUAGUAGAAAGAAACCUUGCAAAUAAAAUGAGCAAGUGUUCAAGUCUUACUCAGCAUCAGAGAUGCCAUCGUGGAGAGGGAUCAUAAGACACUAACGUGUGGCAAAACUUGUAACCAGGGCUCCCACCUCACCUGGUAUCAGAGUAUAAAUCUCCGAAAGAAGGCACACAAAUGGAAUGUACGGCAAGGCUUAUCCAGAGCUUAUUCCUUAUGGAACAUUAAUUCUUCCUAGGAGAAAUCUUAAAAAUGUAAUGAGUGCAAUCAGCUUUAUAAAAGUGUACAACUUUGGGGAGGAACGUAAAAAUAAAUGAAUGGGAUUAAGAGGUAUAGACUCCCAAUGAUAAACAGAAAAAUGUGCAACUUUGUGGUCCUGAAGGAAAUCACAACAUAUAAUUCAUACGGGACAGAAACAUUACAAAUAUAAUGAAGGUGAUAAUUUAUUUAGUCAAUUCUCUCAAUGGACUACCAUAAGGAAAUUCAGACUAAGGGGAACUAGGUUUAUUUUGAGCACUAACCAAUCUUAGAUGUUAAAGUCUACAGAAAAUUAAAAUUAUUUAAGAUUCAUGAGAUGAAGUGUGUCAGUGCAACAAGUUUAUCUGUGAAAAGACCUAAUCAUCUUCUGUUUAAAUCAGUUUUAAAGAUUU